AUGAGGCUAUUUUGGAAGAUACAAAAUGGGACCGAGGAAUGGUCUAAGUUUUUCCAAGCUAAAUUCCAGAAUAAAAAGGGUGAAUGGAUUUCUUAUUACAAGAAAUCAUCUAUAUGGCCAGGAAUAAAAUGGGUGAUUGAAGAUGUAAAUGAAGAUACAAGGUGGAUGGUUGGGAAUGGUGACAAUAUAUUAGUAUGGAAGGAUAAAUGGAUACAAGAUGGAACAUUAAAAGAACAAUUUCCUGACAAUCUUUUUAUUACUCUUUUCCCAGAAAUGAAGGUGUCUGACUUAUUUUUAGAAGAAGAAUGGGUAAUUCCUAGUGAAAUCCUGAAGAUGAUUGACAUCAAUGAACUUCCAGUUAUAAAUGGAGGGAGUGAUUGA